AUGUCUUCCAGACCCGAUUUUGCUCCUAUUAUAUAACAAUGGUGGAAGAACUUAGGAUUUGGUUAAUAGUUUAUACUAUUCUUAUAAAUCACAGUCAGAUUUACUGAUAGUUUUUUUGUUCCCUUAUUGUAUAAAUUGUACAAUUAAACUCAAUUAGUUUAGAAUGGAGAUUAUUGGAGAUUAUUCACAGCUCCUUUAUUUUCAGGUAAAUUAAACUUAUUAAAAUAUUAGUGAGUUAUAUUCAAAUUAUUAUUAAUUGGAUGUUGUUUUAGUUAAUUGUAAAUCCUUAUGAAACUACUGUGGGAAGCACAUAUUUCAUAUUUGAUUUUUUUUUUAAGAGUUUUGUAUUAGAAUCUAUAAAUUUUCUGGUCAACUUUGGAUUGAGUUAAUAUGAUAUUAACUAUCAAUAUACUUUGAGUUAUGGUAUCAGUGGAUUAACAAUUUAUUAUUUAUGCAGCAAGUAUCAAUACUUUCAUUAUAUUAAGAUUGCUUGCUUCUCCAUAUAGUAAAAGCAAUUUCUACUUAUUUUAAAUAACUAACUAUAACUUAUUAGUCACAAUCCCAUUAGUUACAUUUUUAUACACAUAAAAAUUAAUUUUUAUAUUUGCAUUUUAGAUUGCUAUAUUUGAAUGGUUUUUCUUUGAUGGAAUGCUAAUACGAUUAUCUAAUGUAAAAUUUUAUUAUAUUAUAAAUAGAAUUCUAUAGAGAAAUUAUCAUAGAUUUUUGGUUAAUUUAAAAAAUAUAAUUCUUAUAAAUAGCCAUCUUAAAGUCUAUAAGAACCUAAGUUAUUUGUAGAAUCUGCAAAGAUUUAAGAAGGUAUUUAAAAAGAAGCAGUUUAAGAAUUUGGAGGUAGAGGAAUAACUAUAGGUACAGAUUAGGAAGUAGAAAGAUAAUGGAGAGCUUAAGGUUAAAAUAAUUAUUAAUAAAUAUGA